AUGUCAGGAAGAGAUCAAAACAGAUCAUCGCUAAGUGGAGCAGCACGUCAAUCUGGCAAUCCUCGAACCCAUUCAUUGGCCAAACCAUACUCGCGACCAACAUCAUUCAACGGAAUUGGAAGUACGAACGGAUUAUCAUCUUCAGCAACAUUGACUGAUUUAGCAAAUGUUUCGACUUCUCUCAUAUCUCCUACAAAGAACCGACCUAAUUCACCAACGAAAAUAAAUACCAAUAAUAGCAGUAGCAAUAGCAAUAGCAAUAGCAAUAGCCACACAACAAGAUUGAUCAAUUCGUCAUCAAGUUAUGGUAGUUUACCAAGAUCAAAUUCCGAUAAUUCAUUAUUCACAGUAUCAAGUAUAAAAUCAAUCUUUUCAAGACCAUUACAAUGGUUAGCUACUCCAGCUAAAUCAGGUUUGACUUCAUCAAAUUCAAUGAAUUUUGGUUCAACACCAAGUGGAAAUGGAAACGCAAACAGAGGGAAAAGAGAUUCUUUCAGUUCUUUUGGAAAUGAUUUAGAAAAUCCUGACAGUAACAACGAAGCAGAAGAGCUAUCCCCAUCGGAUCAUAGGAAAAGAAUACAAAAAAGAUUCAGAAGGAAUUCACCUUCACCUGAAAAACAAUCUUCAUCUCGACAUCAAAAUCAACGUAAGCAAAAUGGUCAUUACAACUCUACAAAUCAAAGUGAAAGAGGUGAUUAUGAACCCCAAUCAACACCCAAAUUCGAAAUUCAAGGUAGAGCGAUCUCAGGUUUCAUGUUACCACCUUUAUCACCUAAUAUAACGUUAAAACCAAAAUCUCAUUUACCACAACAUAUCAACCAUGAAAAAGAGCAAUCAUCGACAAAUUUCUCUAGACCUCUAGGUAGUAUUGGUGGAUUAUCAACUUCAAAGUCAAUGUCAUAUUUAGAUCCUCCUUCGGAUGUGUUGAAUCCCUCGUCACCUAGAAAAGGAGGAAUGUUGACCAGAUCCAAAAGGGUAGAAUUGAGCUCACUGGUCGACGAGGAUGUUGAUGAUGAUCAUAGAAUGGAUGAUCAUCACUCUUCAAAAGGGAAUGAGAAAGGUAAAGGGAAAGACAUAGAAGGAAAUACUUGGAGUCCAUGGAAAUCACGUUAUUCAACUUCAGGUGGUGCAGCUUCUUCAUCUGCAAAUCCUAGACCUACAACUCCAAGUAAAAGGACGCCUUCCAGGUUGAUGGAACAGAGAGACUAUACUCUACCUUCCUUAUCACCCUUCAGAGCUCCACCUUCACCCUUAAAUCGGCAUUCACCUCUAGUGCCAAAUGCUGGAGCAUCCAGUUCCGGAUUGACCAGAUCAGCUACUACAGCCAAUAUCCGAAAAGCAGCUAGUGUAGCUUCCGAUGUCAGUAUGGGUAGAUCGGGUAGUGUUAGAGGCAUCAGACAGUCUGGAAGUAUGUUGUUUGGAAGUGUUAACGGAGAUAGAGAGAAAGAUGACGAUAGGAUGAGUGUAGAUGGAGAGCAAAGACAGAGAGAAGGGAGUGUUUUGGACUGGUUCAUGAAGGACCGAUGGGACGGAAGACCUGGAUCCCCCGCCUCUGCAGCAGCUUCAAGAAGACUGGGUUCUGCUGGACCUUCACUGUCGCAUGCACCAAUUAGAAAAGGUCAAUUGGUAUGGCACGAGGAAGAUAAGGCAUUUGUGAGGGAAAGCGAAUUGCGAGCCGCUCAAGCGCCUCCCGCCAUACAUAAAAACGAAGCCGAACGAAUCCUCUACACCCUCGAAUCAAUGAGGAAAACUCCUUUAACCGACGCACGAAAGGGAGAUCUACCACCUUUAGUCGGUCAAUCAUCUAGAACCAUGAGAAAAACAAUCAACGUACCUCUCGCAACUGCCGCCGCUGGUGUCAGUGCGAAGUCAAGAAGGGACAAAGAUAAAUUAGGAGGAGAUGAUAGGGUGUCAGUCAUGAUCAGUCCAUAUGGCAGGAGGAAAGUUGCAGAUCAAGAAGCAAGAGACGAAAGACGUUCAAAGGCGGUUGAUGAGAGAGGCUAUCGCCCAUCACCAACUCCCACUGCGUCAGAUGCUCAAAGUGAUCGUAGCCAAGCUUCAGACAUUGAGAUGGAUCUGCCAAGUUCGCAAAAAUCUCACUCACCUGCUCCCGCUCCUACUCCUCGUCGGUCAUCGAGACUGAAGAGACCUACUACCGCUGAUGAAGAUGAAUCUACACCAAAGCCUAGUCGAAGGACAACGAAGAGGGGAACAUCGAAACAGCCAGAAACCGUACAAGAGGAUCAAUCUCAGCCCACACCUAGAGGAAGGAGAACGAGAAAAGCGACGGUCGAGAGAGCGACAUCACCUACACCGCCAACCGCCAAUUCAGUACCGACCAUCACUGCGACAGCGCCUUCACCUGGUGGCCCGACCGGCUCAACCGCUCAAACGGUGUCCACCUCAAGUUAUCAACCAUUAGCUGAUGGCGAGAGGUCGAGAGGAGGUUCAUCUCUACGAGCAAGGUCGGAUGUCACGAAGCGAACUCAUGUUGGAGCUGCCAAUUACUCGAGAUCCGCUACUCCUUCUUCGGGACGUUUCUCGGCUAAAGAAGAGGAUCUACCGGACAUGGACGAAUUGGAACAAGCCAAAAUACCAUUACCUUCCUUCUCGGGUAUAUCCUUUGCGGGACUCAGUGCCAUACCGCCAACUACCACGAACGCAUCAACAGAAGAGGGUUCUUCUACACUUGUAUCAGCGGGGUCAACAGCUGAAUCUCCCGCUGCUCAACCUUCUUCCUCACUGGGUGUGCCACCCCCAGGACGACGACCGGGUGGACCACUUGCUCGCGUUGGCAUGUCAUCGACACGACCCAGAGCUUCGUCACCCCUUGCAGCAGGAUCUAUCGUUGCUCAACCUGAAUCUCCACCUUCUGCACCCGGACCAUCCAAAUCCACUCAACCUCCAUCCAAUGGAUUCUUUGGUCUUACUGGCUCUGCAUCUGCUUCGAUCCCACCCACAGGAUCGACAACUCCACUAGGCAAACCACCUGCAUCAUCUUUCUUUUCUGGUCCAACGUCCACUAACGGAGAAAAGGAAAAAGAAAAGUCAUUUUCAUUUGGUUUAGGUAAACCUCCAUCAGCCAACCCUACGGCAGAGGCAGAUAACAAAUCAUCUGGUAUUCCAGAUUUCUUCGGCAAAAAAUCUGCUCCACCUUCCGGUACAACUACACCGUCUUCUGUGCCUUCAUUCGAUUUCGGUCUUUCCAAGAAGCCUACUACGGAAGACUCAAAAGCUCCUCCGGCGCAACUCCCGCCUUCUACUUUCAGUUUCGGAAAUAGCGCUGCGGCUUCGCAACCUAGCACAAAUGGAAGCUCAUCAUCGGCUGCUGGGUUCAACUUUGGUGCCACGAAAGACAAUGGAGCAAAGGAAACUAAUGCCCCCGCCUUUUCUUUUGGAAACUCGAAGCCUGCUCAAACGGCAGCACCUGCAUUCUCUUUUGGAACAUCCAGUGCAAAGCCUGCAGAUCCUCCCAAGUCUACUUUCAACUUUGGCAAUCCCGCUUCCACCGGAUCAGCAGCAGAAAGGCCAUCCGAAGCUGCUAAACCUGCUUUUUCAUUUGGGUCUUCCUCCGCGGACACUGCCAAACCCGCUGAAGCCGCCAAACCAGCCUUCUCGUUCGGUACAUCGAGUGCGGCCACGACUACCCCAAAAGUUGCUGAGACAGCGAAGCCUGCUUUCUCGUUUGGUGUAGGAAGUACUACGCCUGCUUCUGCCCCUCCCGCCUCGAAUGCGUCAGCUCCAGCACCAGCUCCAGCAUUUGGUGGAUUCAAUUUCGAUAAACCUGCCGAGAAGAAGGAUGCUCAACCUAGUAAUCCAUUUGGAAGCACUGCAUCUGCAACUGGCGGCUCUGGAUCAGCCGCUCCUAGUUUCACCUUUGGUGCUUCAACUACGCCAAAUACCUCUUCGCCUUUUGGCGCUAGUGCUAGUCAGACCAAUGGAGAUGCUGGAAAAUCAAAUCCGUUCGGAUCAUCGAGCAACCCCCCUAAAGCUCCAACUUCUACGGGAUUCAAUUUCGGCGGGACAAAUACCAAACAAGCAAAUGGCUCUUCACCUGCAUUCGGAAGUGCUCCUGCUCCAGCUGCUGCAUCCAAUCCAUUCGCGUUUGGGUCAUCUCCAGCAGCCACUUCUCCAGCUCUAGCGCCCACUUCCAAUCCAUUUGGUGCUGCACCAGGUAGUCCGGCCACGACACCAGCACCAUCAUUCGCGUUUGGUCAAUCCUCUUCUACCGCUACACCCGCAGCGGCACCAUCCACAGGAUUUGGCUCUACCCCUUAUUCAAAUCCUUUCAGCGUACCAGCUCAACCAGCUGCUGCUGCAACUUCAGGUGGAUUCAAUUUCGCUUUUAACGGAGGCAGCAAUGCGCCUCAAGCUUCUAGUCCUGCUCCGACAUCAGGUGGAUUCAACUUUGGCCAAUCAACACCUUCAACCCCAGCAGCAGCUACAGCAAAUAAUGGAUCAUUCAAUUUCGGUGCUACACCUUCAACCCAACCUGCAUUUGGAGGAUUUGGACAAUCUGGCGCUACCACCACGCCAGCUGCACCACCUCCUUCAUCCGGGUUCGCCUUUGGUGCAUCACCUGCCCAAGCGCAACCUCAAAGGUUCGGUAGUCCGGCUCCGGCAGAUGGCGGUUUCAGUUUAGGUGCUACUGAUCCUGUUGCUCCUGGAAGUCCAGGUGGAAGAAAAGUCAAGGGAUUACCCAGAAGAGGUGCGAUCAAGCGGUAG